AUGAGCCAAGGGCGACACCACAUUCUAUCUCAUCAGGACACGCUUGCCUUGACUGUCGAGAGCAUCCAGUCCCAAAUUUCGGGUCUGAUCUUUGUGACAUUUUGGGUCCGAUUCAUGGUGGGCUAUGAAGCUUCGUGGAACAACUAUCUCUGGGACCUAGACAAACAAGUCAGGGACAUAUCUAUCGCAUCACAAGAAGCACUGAAUUUGCAGAAUCAGCAACAGAAAAUUGUUGAUCAGGUGGAAGAGUGGUUUGCUGAUUACUCGAUCACUGAUACACUGCAGCGAGCCAGUCAACUAAGUGAUCUGAUCCAACGGUGUGUCCAGCUGAAACAAAACCUGGAGUGCCAGGAAGGCAUCUAUAUAUUUCGGCGAAGUCAUCCUCGAAUGCCCUAUCGGGAUGAGAAGAUGCGGAUUCUCAUUGAGGAGGUUGGCCUAGAUGAGACGAUAGACUACAGUGUGUGGCCGGGUCUUUACAAAAUUCAACAGCCGGGGAACUGGGUGGUUAUAGAAAAAGAGAUUGUCAAGAUAUCCGCGGCAACUGACAUAGUAUCUAUCACAGAUGAUUCUGAAGGGCAAACGGAAGAUCAAUUGCUAGAACUAUAA